CCUCGUUCCUCCUCCCCCUCACCUUCACGCCGCAUCCCACGACGUCUGCACGAUGGCCAUCCAGAAAGAGCCAGGUCAAAAGGGCGUUAACUGGUCCAAUAUCGCCGUCACGACACUAGGCCAGCCUCUGGAAGUCAUCAAGACACAGAUGGCGGCCAACCGAUCACAAACAAUGGUGCAGGCAUUACAGUCCGUCUGGUCUCGUGGCGGUUUCGUUGGAUUCUACCAAGGUCUUAUCCCAUGGGCUUGGAUUGAAGCAUCAACGAAAGGUGGUGUCUUGCUGUUCUGCGCGUCUGAAAUCGAAACCGCUACCGUUUCGAUGGGUGUCAACCCCGCAGCCGCUGGCCUGCUCGGCGGUAUGGGCGGAGGAGUUGCUCAGGCUUAUGCUACUAUGGGUUUUACGACAAGUAUGAAGACCGCUGAAAUCACCCGGCACAAGCAAGCAGCAGCUGGGAUCAAGCCACCAUCAACAUGGGCCCUUUUUGCUGAGAUUUUCCGGAAGGAGGGUCUCCGCGGCGUCAAUAAGGGUGUCAACGCUGUUGCUGUCCGGCAAUGCACCAACUGGGGUUCUCGCAUGGGCUUUGCUCGAUUAGCCGAGACGUCUAUCCGAAAAGUCCAGGGUAAAUCUGAAAAAGAUCACCUCGGUGCUUUUGACAAAAUUCUUGCCUCGUCAAUCGGUGGUGCGUUGGCCACAUGGAAUCAGCCCAUUGAGGUGAUUCGCGUCGAGAUGCAAAACAUGUCAAAAGAAGCAAUAGCCUCUGCUAACCGACCUGCGAAGUUGACGAUUCUCAACACCUUCGCCUUCAUCUACAAGGAGAAUGGCAUAAAGGGGCUGUACCGCGGUGUGACCCCUCGCAUUGGACUUGGGAUCUGGCAGACAGUGUGCAUGGUCUCCUUUGCGGACUACGUGAAGGCUUGGGUCAAGGGACCUGGGAAGUAGAGCAAGCCGUGGAGCACUCGCAUAGACAUUGCUGGACUGUUUCCUUUCCGUAGAUUAUCGUAUAAUAACAUUGCAUUUUGCUUCUGG